CAAUGUACAAAAAUAAAUUAAAAGUUAAUUUAAAAUCAAAAUCUUAACUAGCAAGGAAAGUAAUACAUCGUUGUAAGGUUUUCUUUACAUCAAUGUUCAGGUUGGAAUUUUUAUUAAGACUAUGAACAUGUUAAGGACUAGAUAUCUCUAAAGCUUCGCCUGUCCUUUAUAUAUCUCAUUUCUUCUUUCUAUGACAUGACUUUUUCCCGCGCACAAAAACACAGACGGAAUACGACUAUCAUUAAAGAGACGUAUUUGUUGAUAAAUUCCUUCAUAGAGAAUACAAAAACAAAAUAAUGUUGAACAGAAAACGUUAGGUCGCCAUGUUAACAUUUACAAGACUGCCCAUAUCCCCAAGUUCGCCGUCACCAACUGCACGUCAGAACACCUUACCAACUGGUCAAACAGAUGAGCAAAUACUGAAGAAGUCAAUUGAUUUGAGUUUUGGAUUAAUUGUUGUUAUACUAAACCUGAUUGAAAUCAUUCUAAUUAGUAAACUCAAGCGGCAAAAGAAAAUUUACGAGAUAUGCAUUUUAAGUUUAUCCAUCACUGAUUUUUUAUUUGGACUUUCAAACAGUGUGGUUAGUGCUGUUUACUUGUCACAAAAUGCUCAAAAUGAUGAAGUACUGGAGAUUACCUACACAACAUAUUUUUAUUUCGUUUUAAAUUCAAUCUUACACCUAUCCUUGAUUACAUUAGAUCGAGUUUGGUUAGUUUAUAAACCAUUAAAACAUCGCAUUCACGUGACCAGAAGAAGGAUGUGUAAACUGCUCGCUAUCACGUGGAUAACUUCAACAGUAAUCGCUAUUGCCUUGUUUGUGUCAGACGAACUCACCGAAACAUUCACGAAGUCAGUUGAGAUGACAUCGUAUGUAAAUACGACUGUUUCUGGUGUAGCAGGAACCAAAUCAUCUUACUCAGUUCAAGCAAUCAAAAGAAUACAGAUUGAACAACAAUAUUCUUCAAUAAUGCAAUUGGUAUUGUCAGUUUUUAUAAUUAUCGCUGAUGUAUUCUUAAUUUCAGCGUAUUCUUUCAUUAUAUUUGUACUUAAACGAAAGAAGAAAAUUGCUACAAAUCAAGAAGGGAAUAUAGAAAACAAAGUUUCUUUAAUCUGUGCGUUAAUUGCAGCAACAUUUGUGAUCUUUACCUUGCCAUACGCAGUGGCAAGACUCACAGUAGGUCACACUCCAUUAUGGGCAAAUCUAAUCUUGGUUUCAAAUAGUGGAUUGAACAGUAUCAUAUAUUUUUUUCGUGGAAAAUGCGAAAACUAUUUGGAAAAGCGAGACAGAACGCAAGUACAAAUGAACGGCACCGGAUCGACAACACCCUUAGGAACACCUAUGACACACGCGAAAAAUCCGAAAGGUAAUUAGCAUCAGGUAGAAGUGGAACAUAAAAUUGCUUAGGACUAUACUUCACGAGAAGUUCACGUAUUUUGCAACAGCUUAGAUACUUUCUUACGCAAAGUUUGUUGAGACAAUGUUGAUGUGAUUAGAUCAGAGUAUUACAAGUACAGCAAGUUUAUGUUUACAAUAUAACAAACAUUGUAUCGUAUGUCCUUAAAAAACGCUUACUAAAAUUUCUUUACCGAUUUCUCAAAUAAUAUUUCGUCUCGCUAAUUCAAUAAACCACUAAAUCGCAUCAUAUGCCUUAUUUUGUUAUCAAUUUAAUGUGGAAGAAAUUUGCGUGUACGUAUUAAGGCCAUCCACCUAAGAUAACACAACUUUUUUCUUUUUAACCCUCAUUCUUUUUUCUAAUAUUUUAAGAUAAUUAUCCCUUUAAAUUGUAUCCCAUUAAAGUGUAUUAUAUUUAUCUCAUGGUUCUUAGCUCCAAUAUGUACUUUGUUGUAAAGAACAUAUCGUUGGUUUUAUUCUUAACACAGGUCUGUUUUCAAACCAAAUAACUAUAUUCAUAGACGUCUAUAGCGCGAUGUAUAUCUACUCCCCAUCAUAAUUAAAUAGAGAAAUGUGAAUCCUGCAGACAUCAUUCACCGCAAGCGGGAAAUACAAUUUUCGGGCAUUUUAAUUGGCUCAGCGUUCUCGAUUAUGGGCCGAUAUGUGCCUGUAUAGCCCGUCGUUAAGGAAAAUGGCAGCUUAUAAUGUAAACAAGCAAGAAAGUCAUGUUUUCACGAAGGAUUGAACACAGCACAAUUAUUUUAGAAUUCUAACAAAGUAUUUACACAAAUGCUGAAUCAAAAUUUUCAAAUCCACCUUAUGCUAAAUGUAGGUUGGUAGCUGCACCUUUUACUGUUAUAUAAGCUUUAGAAAGUCUAAAAUUUAUUAAUUCAGUAAGAGAACAGUCUCCAUUAACCUGGUGAUACUUGUGUUUAUUUUGUAACUGCAGUUAAUUUUAAAACCACAGCCUGCAGGAGGUUUUUUUAUUUACGCUGACAUUUUGAGAAAUUUUUGGAAAACUUAUUCCACAAUAUAAAAGACUGAGUAAUUAUUUUAGCUGGACUUGGUAAAAAUGGGCUGUUUUCUAUGUUUUUACUUAAACCGAAGUUGCGAGAAAGCUUUUUUUUAAAGGAUUUUACGCCUAUACAAGAAUCAAGUGAAAGCUUCUCAUUAAAUUUCUUAAGUUUUUGUCUAUGUGUUCGCACUAUCAUAGACGUUUAUUGGGAUUUGCAAUAUGCACUCUUUCCUCGUUUUUUAUGAAACAUACAAACAUAAAAAUAAUAAUUGUCUCUGUCUGUCAUGCAAAUAGCCGUGUUCUCUGUCUGUCAUGCAAAAUGGUAUCUCAAGUAGCGAGACGCACGCAAUGCGGUAUAAAAAGGACGGGCGAACCUGUGUAUUUUUUGACGGGCCACCGACUAGUAUCUUAAUAACCCUCAUUUCCAUGGGAAAACUCUGACGAAAUGAAAUGCGCAGUUGACAAAUUAGAUCUCCUCGACAUACUAUAUUGAAGUUUUUUAUUGACGGAUUAUAGACAAAUUUGUUGACGUCUUUUUUGAUAGAAUUUGUUUACAUGUCAUGCUGACAUGUUUUGUUUUAUGACGUUGACAUAACACGUGUUUUUAUGAUGUUAUUUGCCAACAUAUCUUCUUUUGUUUUGUUUAAAAUAAUUUACUAUUUUUAUGUUAUAAAAACAUACAAAGCAUUUUUGCGUUGUUGCUUUAAGGUUACUAACCAUUAGUAAAACAAGAUCCCGAAAAGAUAUGUGUCAAUAUUGAGAAAGCACGUAACAAUAUUUAUUGUCAAUAUAUCUUGCUGAUGUUUAUUAUGCUUUCCUCAAUUACCAUAAAAUAAAAUAAAAAAAUAAAAAAUAAAAAAUAACUAUAUUAUAAUAAUAACCAACACAUUUUAAUAUGUUAACUUUGUAUAAAUGAAAAAUAAUAGUAGUAACAAUUUAACAAUUAUUGCGAAAGUUUUUUAUAAGUACAGUUGCCGAUCGAUAUGCACAUCCCGGGGUUCCGCAUAUCGAGCGGAACCUCGGAUAAGUGGAUCUUUCCCAGGUCCCUUAGAUUAGCCUUAGAAAACUCUCUCAAUUUCAUCGGAUAAGUGGAACAUUUGAUAAUUGGAACCAAUUUUCUGAUGAGCCAAAUUACACACUUGUAACUGGAACUUUUGUUCAAUUUUCGAAACAAAUUUCGGAAUUCCAAUGCUCGAAUGUGUUAUUUUUUACAUUCGAAUCACGUGGGCGAGGACACAUUACAGCUAAGUGGGGACCCCUUGAAGUUAAAGUAACUCAUAAAAUUGGACUUGCGAUGUCUUAAAUUACCUUUCUGUAAGCUUAGGCACUUGUAUUUUCCUGACUUCUAUAUUUUUUUCACAGAACGGCGUUUUUGACGAAUUUGAUGUUUGUUUGAAAGAAACUUCGUAACUAGUGAAACCACUGACUUUUAUGCGAGCCGUUAAAUGGAAAAACUAGUCGUCAUUAUGUGACCCCUUUUAAGUUCAGAAUUUGCAUGUAAACACGUGCAAAUUGUUUUUCUUUGUUACCAAAAAGAUCUGUUUUAGCGCCAUAUAAUGUGAAAAUACACUCCUUGGAAAUGCGGAAUAAGGAAUAAUUUGCACUCUCUAAAAUAAUACUUGUAACUGUACUAUUGGUUUAAAAACAAGUUGCCCAAAAAGUUAAAACAUUUACACACAUAUAUAUUUUUAUGGCUGGAGUCAAAGUAUAUCGUUUUAUUGGAAAGUGUGUUAUCUUUAAAAGCUAUAUUACAUGCACACAUUUGCCAUGGUUCACAGGUAUAUAACUUAUAUAUAUAUAUAAAAAUACAUUUCCUAUUUUUCGUAGUCAGAGUUCGUAGUCCAGUUCCUAAAAAUAAUCUAUUAAAAGGAGGAAGAAAGUUUUCUUGUUUCUUUCCCGUCUGUAUUUUUUAUCAACAGCCCUGGCGUUGAAAGGGGUGUUGUUGAAGCUGUAGAAUUUACCUGUGCGUUUUUUAGGGCUUGUUUUUCUUGAUAUCUCUCACAUUUUCCACGAAAGAAGUAUAUAAUACUAUUUAAACCACUGUUUGAAACCAAUAUUAAAUUCCCCCAUAAUGGAACGUUUCCUGUAAUAAGUCGGACCAGUGCGUAUGGUAAAGUGAAGAUAACGAACGUAGCCACAAUGAAUACACAUAUGAUUGAUACUCUGUUUUCGUAGUGAGUUGGUGAUGCUGUUGUGACUUUCUUUUCUCUGUUAAGUAGAUAUAUAAUCAUCCCAUAAGCAGAAAUUAAUACUACAUCGGCUAUAAUAAUAAAUACAGACAACACAAGCUGCAUUGUAUCCUGAUAUGUCUCUUCUCUACGAAUCUUCCUGAUUGCUUUUAACUUAGGUUUUGUGCGCCAAGGUUUUGUACUCAUUUCCGGUAAGGUGAACAUUGUUGGGGUUACUGUUGAAGAUACUUUGAAAUCAUUUGUUAUGUUAGUAACUGUUGCGUUAACAUAAGAUGUUGUGACAUGGGACUUGAUGAACGCGUCUGAUACUUUAUCCGAUGCAUAAAGAGAAGCAGCUAUAACAGUUGAAGUGAUCCAUGUAGCAGCUAACACGAUACAAAUUCUUUUUCUUGAAACGUAGGCUCUAUGCUGCAGGGGUUUUAGAACCAACCACAAGCGAUCAAAAGUUAUCCAAAUCAAAUGUAGUAUUGAGUUUAAAACGAAAUAAAAAUAUGUUGUGUAUGUUAUUUCUAAUAUGCUUUCAUUUUGACCAUUUUUCGAAAGAUAUAUCGCACUGACAACGCUGUUUGAAAUUCCGAAAAGCAAAUCUGUAACGGAGAGACUCAGAAUACAUAUUUCGUAUAUUUUCUUUUUUCGUUUAAUUCUGCUGAUUAGAAUAAUUUCAGCGAUGUUUAGUAUCACAACGAUUAAACCAAACGUUAGAUCAAUCGAUCUUUUCAUCAUUUGUUCAUCGUUAGGGCCCUGGGAUGGAGGUGGAGGCCUUAUAUGACCAGUAGGAGGCAAUCGACUAAAUCCAGGAAGUCCAGUUCUUGGUUGCAUGCUACCAGGUGGAAAGAGACUAGGACGAAACAUUAUGUACUUUGUUUAAUGUC